UACAUAGAUUUUUUUUUCCCAGGCGAAAAUGGCUUCCUGUCUCAUCUCGCCCACUGUUUGAAGGAUUAAAGAAACUGCCAUCGCUUGCCCUUAUUUGCAGAUUUUUGGGCGUGCUUUGCAGACAUGAAAGUUGUGAAACAAAUAAUACUAAGAUUUUGUCGCCUGUUCUCCCAAGACUGAGAAAAUGAUGCAUCAAGUGACCUGUAGCAGCAGCAGCAGCAGUAGUGACUUCUGUAUGAGUGGACCUGCAGACGACUGUCAUCCGACAAGCCGUUUUGAUCUAUGCAACCUCCAAUCUAACAAGUUCUACCCCUGCUCCCCAGCAAACUCUGGCUUGCACCUUUCAUUUGCAGGCCUGGCUCCAUUGCCACAGAACAUGCACAAGGUGAUGGCAGGUCAGACACAGGAGACCCAAAACGCCUUUCAACUUCAGCCGUUGACUGUCGAUAGCGUUGAGGUUGUAGGGCCUGAAGGUACCAAGAAAGGUUCAAGCAAAGUGAAGUCUGGAAGGAGAGGCAGACCACUGGGGACCACCAAAUUGGCUGGUUAUCGCACAAGUACUGGACGUCCACCUGGGACAACAAGAGCUGCCGGUUUUAAAACCAGCCCGGGCAGGCCUCUCGGGACCACCAAAGCAGCCGGCUACAAAGUGAGCCCCGGCAGGCCCCCCGGUAGCGUCAAGAGUCUGGCGAGGCUCAAAGAACAGGAAAGUGUGGGUGAUGUGCCCAAGAAACUCGAUUUCAGUGCAACCAAACUGGACUUCACUGGCUGUGAUAUUCCGCUGCUUGCCUAUGCCAUGGUGGAGAAAAGAGACUUGUGCGAGUCUCUCGUUAAAGCAGAUGAAACCAGUUCAUAAUGUCGGCGUUUUGAGGGGGAAAAGAUGGCACUCAGCCAAGCACUUGUCUGAUUUUUUUCUGACUUUAUUUUAAAUGUACAGUAUCAUCAAUGUCAACAAAUUACCUUUCACUGAAAUGCAUUUUGCAGAAAAUCAUGCAUGUUAUAUCAUUUUGGUUGUUAAAAAAAGGCUUUGUUGUGAUGUAAUCCUUCCUUGACAGUAUCAUGUACAAUUUUUUACAGUAGUAAUUCAAGUAUUUUGUGAUAAGCAGACAAUCACAUCCAUGCGUCUGUGUUGAUGUAAAAAUGUGUCAUUUACUUGUUUAAAUAAUCAUGUUUUUUUUCUUGUAAAGAUGGGACCUUCGGUACAGUUGGUUCAAUUGUGAACGUUUUAAUAGUAUUGUUUAUGAUACAUGUAGAGUGUCAUAAACUACAUUGGAAUAAUUGGUUGAAUACAUUAUUGCAGUUGUUGGGAAAGCCAGCAUUACCAUGUGUGUCAGACUGAAAGCGUUUAUCAAUCCUGACUUACUUUUCACUAUGUCUUGUACCCGUAUUGCUUGCCGAAAGCAUGUUCUUGCACAUUGUUGGGAAAAAACAAUAAAAUUGUAUUGCUUCA